AUGGACAAUAUGUCGUCCAAUGUGUCUAUGCGAAACAAACAGAGGAAGGACAACCUUAUAGCCAGAAAACAGGACAAGAGUCCAGAGAAGACUAUACGGGGGACGCGCGGCGCGUAUAGGGGCAUACCGUCGACGUCGAAGCGUGAUGAUGAAACGGAGACAGGGUCUACGGAGCGGUUGGACCGGCCCAAGAAGUUUAUGUCGCAGAACAAGGGCGGCUACGGUCUGGGAAAGAGGCCGGACUUCUUGAAGAAUAGGAACGUGCAUUUGGCUUCGUCACGCUAUGGCCAGAUGACAUCAGGUCUCCACGGGCACGCCCACCAGAUCUCGCAGCCGUCUCACCAUCUUGACUCCUCCGUUCUACCGGCCAAAGAAAAAACUGUGCAUGUCAAGGAGAAAACGUUCAAGGUGGUGGUGGGCAGCGAAGUGGGGGUCAUGAAGACCCCCGUACUGGGGCCGAGACCCUACAAUGCUCUUGCAAUCAUUCACACCCAGCAGAGUAACACAUUUGAUAUGCUGAACUCCUUAACUACCAGUGUUGCUAGUCAACCGGUAGUUGGUGGUUAUCGCAGGCGUAGUUCAGGCCAGGGCGCUCUAUGCGACCCUGAGCUGGAUGACAGCGGAAACAAGCUGGUCGCUCGAUUAGAAGACGACGCGUUUAUUUCGGAGCAAGAUUUGGAAGAGAACAUUCAAGAAAAUAACAUCAUUGCAGCCGCCACCGAAAAGACAGACGACGACGCCGGCGCAGAACAGUCACAGAAACAACAGAAUGGUAUAGUCUACGAUCCUAUCUACGAACUGGAUAAGCUUGAGGAUAAGGAUAAAGAGAAGGCGGAUAAGGAAGAUGAAGAGGAACCUAUUGGUGUCUCACCGUGUGGAAGAUUCUUCAAAUACGACAAAGAGGUUGGACGCGGUUCAUUCAAGACGGUAUACCACGGGCUGGAUACGCAGACUGGCGUCGCUGUUGCUUGGUGUGAAUUGUUGGAGAAAAAGUUAAACAAAACGGAGCGUCUACGUUUCCGCGAGGAGGCAGAUAUGCUGAAGAAACUGCAGCAUCCGAACAUCGUCCGUUUCUACAACUACUGGGAGGGGACUGUCGCUAAGAAGAAGAACAUUGUCCUCAUCACCGAGCUUAUGGUAUCGGGCACGCUUAAGACGUAUCUAAAGAGGUUUAAGCGGCUCAAACCUAAAGUCCUCAAGUCGUGGUGUCGUCAAAUAUUGAAGGGACUUAACUUUCUGCACUCGAGAACACCGCCUAUAAUACACAGAGAUCUGAAAUGUGAUAAUAUAUUUAUCACGGGAACGACGGGCAGCGUGAAAAUCGGGGACCUCGGACUUGCAACACUGAAGAAUAGGAGCUUCGCCAAAUCUGUUAUUGGUACACCGGAAUUCAUGGCGCCCGAAAUGUACGAAGAGCACUACGACGAGUCAGUGGACGUUUACGCGUUCGGCAUGUGCAUGCUGGAGAUGGCCACGGGGGAAUACCCUUACAGCGAGUGCAGUGGGCCGGCGCAGAUUUACAAGAAGGUCGUUUCGGGAGUUAAGCCUCAGAGCUUGGAGAAGGUCACCAUUCCAGAAGUUCGGGAUAUUAUAGAGCAGUGUAUUAGACCCAACAAAACGGACAGACCAAAAGUAAAAGACCUAUUAAACCACGAGUUCUUCGGCGAGGAUAUCGGCCUCCGCCUGGAGAUUGUGAGCCGGGAUCUCGUGACGUCAUCGGACAUAACCAAGAUACAGUUCCGUCUCAAAAUCAUCGACCCUAAGAAACGGUCUUACACGCAUAAGGAGAAUGAAGCCAUUCAGUUUGAGUUUGAUAUGGAGAAGGACGAUUGUGAAGAAGUCGCCAAAGAUAUGGCGAAAGCUGGUCUCAUCAUGGAGGAGGAUGCGAGGAUCGUCUUCAAGCUGCUUAAGUCACAGCUGAUCAGUCUUAAUCGAGAACGAAGUGAGAAGAAAGCCCAAAUGCUUUUCAACCAAGAAAUUCUUAACGAACAAAACCGCCAGCAGCAGUUGCUGUUAGAACAACAGCUGAGACAGGUUAAGAUGAUUCAAAGUCAGCAACAAGCUGGUCCGGUGGAUCAAGUAAAAUCUGGACUUCUGAACGGUGUAGGAUCGCCGCAAGCUGCACUGGCAGCCGUCCAGUUUGAUCAACAAUCUCAGUUCUUACAAGCGCAGCAACAGCUGCUUCAACAACACCUGACGAACGAGGAAAAAGCCAUGAAACUAUUUCAACAGAAUCUGAUGCAAGCUCGGAUGUCACCCUCCAUCAGCUCUGAUCAACACCUGUUGCAACAGCAGCAGCAACUCAUUGAACAUAAUAUCAAACAACAGCAGGUGAUGAUGGAACAGAAUCUCCUUAGUCAACAGAUGUUAGAGCAGACGGUGCCGGCCCAAGCGUUUGUGGAUCAACAGCAACAGAACCUUCGAGAACACCAGCCUCAACCUCUCCAGCAAAACUUACUUAAUCAACAACUGGUUGCGAACGAAAUCACAAACACAAACCAGGUACUGCAGCAGCAAAUCAUCCAACAGCAGCAGAAUAUUAUAGCUCAGCAGGCAGCCGCCAUACAGCAGAAGCAGUUGGAGGAGCAACUUACAGUCCAAGACCAAGUUAUGGCUGGGCCACAAACGAAUCUCGUUACCGGGCAAGUGUUAGAUCCCUCUCUUCAGAAUCUGCAGAAUAUUUUAGCACAGAUCAUUCAGAGGCCUGAAGCUUUGCAGUCGAGAAAGGAGUCUGAGUCUGAACCACAGCCACAACCAAUGCAGCAAACGCAGCCCGUUGUCAGCCAACAGACAGAAAUGCUCGAAAUGCAACCAGUUCCGCAUGAACAGGAAACUAUUCAACAAAACACGAAUUUACUUAAUGUGCAAAUGCCGCAACAUACUAGUCAAACCUUGAAUUUCACUCAAAAUCAACAGAAUUUAAAUUUCAUUCAGCCCAACUUACUUUCGGCAGCUGUCGACCCUACAAUUUUGGCACAGCAACAACAAGUUGCACAAGCUCAACACCAUGUUGCGCAGGCACAGCAACAGUUAAAUAUGCAAAAGCAAAUGCUCGCCCAACAACAACUCGUCCUGCAACAACAGCUUAUAACACAUCAACAAUUACAAAUGCCUGGUCAAACGCUCUCUCCGCAACAUAUUAGGAACCUGCAACAGCAACAAUAUUUGGCUCAACAGGAGUUGCAGUUACAAACACAACAAAAUUUAAUUGACCAACAGAAUCUAGCAUUGUUGACGCAAAAACAACAGUUGAUGGGUCAACAACAACAGAAAGUUGAAGAAAUGUUAAGGGCGCAGCGGCCGAUGUACACGCGUCAAGGAUCUGAACAGAGCCAAAUUAGCUCUGCGGAUGUUCACGAUCAGCAACAAACUCUAGUCCCCGAUCAAUACCAACAGAAACCGCCUCUUCAACCGCAAAUGUCCAUGGAUCAAAUGUAUCAGAAUCAAUUUCUCGAGAAACAGAUCCAGAAACAAUCUUCAGAUGAGCAUUAUCACCCUCAAAUGCAUCCGUUGCAAGGGCAAUCUCUGCCCCACAAUAUUUUGGCUCAAAAUUUUAACUUGGUGCAAAAUGAUAGGCAGAUCUCUAGUCAUGAAGGCACUCCUGUGCAAAAUUAUUCUGCCAACCCUAUGAUGUACCAGCAGAGCCAGCAGAUGCAAAUGCAAAACGUUGCUUAUCAAAAGGUAGAGUCCUCUGCGCCAGCGACGAUGACGCAGAAUCCGCCUGUCACACAGUAUAUAGAAGUUCAAUCGUCCAUUCCCACGUCCUUACCCUCACAGCAAAUUCAAUCGGAUAUUCAGCAAUCACAACAAGUGCCGCAACAUAUACAACAACAACUACACCCGCAAAUACAGCAGCAAAUGCAACAUCCCCAAAACCAGCAGCAACAGAUGCCGCAACAGAUUCAACAAUCUCAAUCCCAGCAGCAAAUUCAACAACCAAUUUCCCAACAACAUAUACAACAAUCACAGCCUCAGUUGUUACAAUCACAACCGCAACAACAAAUACAACAAUCACAACAAGCUCAACAGCAAAUCCAACAACCGCAGCAAAUGCAACAACCACAUUCACAGCCACAAGCGAUGAUGCAUCAAGCGCAACCUCAACAAAUGCAACCAGCACAAAUGCAACAACCGCAAACGCAGCAGGUUCAGCAAAUAGUGCAGCCCCAACCGCAACAACAACAAGCCCUCCCCCCACAACCUCAAGUGACUCAAUCUCAACAACAAACGACAACGGUUGCUUCUCAAUCUCAGCCCGAAUUGCCCCAGCAAUUGACCAUCAAGCCGGAGGAGAAUGGGCUUUCUGGAAAAGAACAGUUCCACACACCAAUGACGGAUUUGCCAACUGGAGCGCAAAUCGAGGGCAUUUGGCAGCCAGAGUUGGGAGCCGUUGAGGAGAAGACCGACACACAAGAGACUGGAGCAGCUAUACCGUCGCCGAUCUCGAAUGAAAAGAAAUCACGCGGCUCCAAGAAGCGUUCGCGGGAAAAGGACAAGCUGCCGCGACUAACCGUUCUCACGGUGUCCGAGAACGGGACUGUUGUGGAAUGUCAGCUGGAAUCUAAGUCCAAGACCGUCACGUUCAAAUUCCAUGUGCCCGACGUUAAUCCGGAGGAUCUGGCUAAUAAUUUGGUGACAAACAAUUUAUUACCGGAAUGGCAAAGCGGUGCGUUUACUGAGUGGAUACGGGAUAUCGUGCGACAGUUGCAAGCUGAACCUCACACACACGCUACACUACGACUGCAAAUAGAAAAGACGGAUUACGACUCGGAAACGACAGAGCGCGAAGAGAACCUCACUGACUCUAACCAAGACAACUCUGAGUGUACCACCCCCACAGCUUCGCAGGAUAACAUCGCACUUGAAUUGGACGGAGAGCCCGCGCCGGAAACCAAAACUGUCUUGGAUACGCUAUCAAGGAAGAUAAGCACCGCUUCCUCCAUAGGUUCAAAUCAGUCAGAUGGCGGGCCCAUGGCGCCAGAACGUGCAGCCAGCAUAGAGUCUAACGGCGAGAAAAAAUCACAAAAACCCACUCGAAAAAUAUCGAGAUUUCUAGUCAGUCCAGUCGUCGACCGCGGCGAGGACGUCCCCGACGAAAAGUCGGAGAAAACCGUAACCGAAGCUGAGAAACCGGAUCUCAACGAACAGAAAACUGUAAUAGAGCCGCAAUUGAACGGUUUACCGGAGUCCGAAAUAGUGGACACAAAACCCCCAGUCAUUCCACAAGACGUUCCUACCCACCAGUAUUCCCUACCGUCGCAUACGCCACAAACAGUUACGGAUCAUCGGCCUGUGGAGAUCAAACCUCAAGAACAGCCCGCAGCCCACAGUACCGUUCCUCCCAUAACCACCUCGAUACCUAUCAACCUACAGGCGACAAUCCCUCAGCCCAUACCUUUCCAACCUAUUAACCCACUUUUGAAUGGCACGCUGCAACCAAAUCUCACAACGCCUCUCCAAAUAGCGACAGACACUCCGUUGUUGGGUUUGAGUCAAGUUGGUACACCAUUGGGGAUGGGGACCGAUUUGGGACUCAAUCUGGGUCUGCCUGUUACUCCGGCUUUGGAUCCAGUGUUGAGUAGACUACAGCUGACUCAACCCACUCUCACCCCAACACCAGUUGUGAGCGAUUCACUGGCUAAUGCGGAGAAUAUACAGAGGAUGCUUUUGAAACAGAAUAUCAUUAACCAGCAACAGAAUCUAACAGGUCCCAACCUGUUGGGUCUGCUGAAUCAGCCGCAGUUCCCACAAGCAGAUAUUGCGUUACACAACAAUCUGCUAGGCGGGCAACAAGUCCAGCAGCAAAGUCUACCGACGUCCGUCGGACAGCUGGCGGGGGUAGGCCAAUCUAUAGGCGCCGGUUUCGGUCUUGGACUCGGUCUGAACGCACCCUUACAGCCCGGCCUGGCUCAGAGCCUUCAGCAGAAUAUCAAUCUGGCGUCGCAGAAUUUUGCGCUCAAUCAGAAUCUUAUGGGGCAGAAUCUUGGACAAAAUUUAGGUCUAGCUGGUCAGAACUUAGGUUUAGGUGGGCAGAAUCUCAUAGGCGGUCAGAAUUUGGGCCUGGGCGGUCAGGCGUUAGGCUUGGGCGGGCAGAACAUGCUGAUGGGACAAAAUUUGGGGCAGCUGGUCGCUCAACGCGCUGUACACAAUGCACUUGCGAGAAGAGCGGUCCAAAGUAUGGAAAUGGGCAUGACCAAUGUCAAUUCAACAGAUUCAACUCAGCCGAGCACGCCAAACAAAAGCCAAUCUUACAGUGAAUACAUGUUGUCGUUGCAGAACAAACUCACCUCUAUAUCCAACAGCGUAAGUGGUCCCGUGUCGCCGCAAUCACCGCUCGAGUACAGCCCUGCGCUGUCGCCGACGCAAAGGCAUUCGCUGCCCGACCACAAGGUGGACGGAGUGGUGGGAGAUGUGGAGAAUGGUGAGACGGCAGGUGCUGCACGGCACGCGGCCAGGUUGGCACACCUUGACCAUCAGCUCAGCAAAAUCAGUUUGCACUAUAAACACGGGACAGAUAAGGAUGUCUAUAGUGAAGUGCACAGUGCAGACGAGAUGUUGUCAAGCGGAAUGAACGACAACGCUGUCAAUACAUAUGAAGAAGAGUUGAGUAGCGAUUUGGAGGGUAGCGGUAUGAGUCGUCGGUUUCGCGUGUCGAGAGCGACGCCACUCAGGAACUACGCGCUCUGUAGGCUACUACCGGAACAUAUGCAUGGCAAAGAGAAAAUCGAUCUAGUCCAAUCGCAAGAAGGCACAGUUGUAGAAGGGGGCGACGUCGAUGGUGACGUAGACGGGGAGGGGGAGGGCGACGGCGAAGGCGAGGGCGAGACGUCGUGCGACAACACGUCGUGGUGCGAGGAGAGCGCGCACGACACGUACGUCCUCACGGACUGCACGCGCGCGCGCACCUACGUUGUUGAGGACGUGCUCGGUGGGCGGAGAACCGCGAUACUGGAUCCGUCGCCAGUUAACCUUAGUGAUAGAAAACAGAGUCCAGAGGAAUCACCAGAAGAGACGGAGCAGAGCGAGCGAAGUUACUUAAUAAUUGACCCGUUCAGGGAUAUGACCUGCACGGUCAUUGACCGCAGUCUGCACUUGGAUCGGGAGUCGGUUUUCACCCCCUUUGUUGAAAGCAGAUAUCAAAUGAAAGCAGUGGAGGGCGAAGCAGUGCCUGUGAGUGAGGAGCUCGCGAGGUGGAAGAGCGUAGCCAGGGAGGAGGCGGAGGGGGGAGGGAGGCCGCGGCUGCUGGAGGGCGUCGCCGCGGGCUCGCUGAUUGCCGACCUGAUGAUCGACGAGGCUCUUACUGAUAAAGUGUUGUGUCGUCAAGUUGUGUUGCUGUCCGUACGCAGCGGCCCGUCGUGA